GUUUUAAUAAGUUCAAGCAAGGUGGAAACAUGGAGAAGGGGAACGAGUUGUUGAGAAGUGGGAAUGAUGACAAUUACGUAGAGGAUUCAGAUGGAAGUGAUUCGAUCCAUUUGGAGGAAAAUGGUGAAAAGAAAGGGACAGUGGAUGUCACUGUGUCCUCGAACAGUAUGCCGAAGAAGUCGGUGGAAGAAAAGGGGACGAGGAAACAAGGAAAGAAGGGUGUCGCUAAACUGAAAGUGAAAAAUGGCACUGUGCAGGACCAAAGUCACCAGAGUCCUACAGUUGAAUCCAUGAAGUCAAGAAAUUCAAAAAAAGAAUCCGCGAAAUUGAGCGAAUCUGCACCAUCCAAUAAGCUGUUCAAUGGAAACUAUAGCUUAAAUGGGAAAGAAGUUGGAAGCACUCAAGCGGCUAAUGAUGUUGAGGAUGUCAAAUCCAAAAGUGAGACUGACUUCUGGUGGUUGAAUCUUCCAUAUGUUCUAGGUAUUCUCAUGCAUAGCGGCCAUGGUGAUGAGGGAAGACAUGGACUUUACACCUUGAAGAGCACAGCUAGUGCAGGGGGUGAAUUAUCUCAUACAGUAGCUUUUGAGGAUCGUGGUGAUGCGAGCAAUUUUUGUUAUCUUCUGCAUUCCUACUUUAACGAUCUCAAAGACUUUGGCGCCGAGAUUGUUCCUCUAAAAGUCGCAGAUUUGAUUCAAGCCGUGAAAUCACAUACCAUGAUGCUAGUUGUUGUAAAGAAAGGGCAACUGCAACUUUACGCAGGGCAACCACUAGAUGAUGCCGAGAUGGCUUUGCGGGCCCUGGUUCAAUGAAGUUGAAUAUUUCCUAUGUAAGGAAUAAAUGACAAGGAGAAGCAUCCCAAGGAAUUGUUGAGAUUUUUUUCCUCACUAAUUAGGGUUGGCAUUGUCAGAACGAGCUGUUGGAAGAUUUUAUCAUCUCAUUUCUCUGAAGCAAAGUCCAAGGAGAAAAUGGUUACCUUCCAGGGAAAUUCGACGGUGGCACAGGUGCAGUUAUAGUCUGGUUUGAGCUCAACCAGUGUUUCUUUUUCUUUUUUCCCUCAUUUUCUUUUAUUCUCUCUCUUUCUGGUUAGGCUAUUGUCUGUAUUUUCUAGUGGAAACCAGUUGAUUCUUUGAGAUUAAAUCCCUGUUGAGGAGGUCAUUUUUUUGGGUAUUUGUUGAAACACUCUUUUGUAUGCACGACAGAUGAUUCUAUUGAGUCGCUUUGUCUAAAAACGUCAGCUCCUAAAGAGCAGAAUUUAUAUAUUUGGUCCUCCUUCUUCAAUGUG